GUUACCCUUUACAUUCAUCCUUUAUGGCAGCCCUUAAUCCUGCAUGUAAAAACGUUGAAAUUUCGGUUCAUGAGGAUAACUUAGUGCCCCAUGGACAACCCCAAGAUCCUAAAGCUCAGCAUUUCCACUCCUCUAACAGGGGACAAUGGCUUCGGGCUGCUCUAUUGGGGGCUAACAACGGGUUGGUCUCGGUUGCUUCACUGAUGAUGGGUGUUGGAGUUCUCAAGAGAGAUGUCAUGGCCAUGGCUCUUGCUGGGUUUGCAGGGUUAGUUGCCGGGUCUUGUAGUGUGGCAAUAGGAGAGUUUGUCUCUAUAUACACCCAGUUAGAUAUAGACGCAACUCAAAUGAGAAGAAACAGCAGAGAAGAUAGUAAGAAUUUGGAGCUGCCAAAUCCUUUUCAGGUUGCUAUAGCAUCUGCCUUGACCUUUGUGGUGGGGGCAAUGGUUCCAGUAGUGGCGGCUGCAAUCACAAGGGAUCAUAAGGUGAGGCUUGGGGUGGUGGUUGCUGUGUCGAGCUUGGCAUUUUUGGUAUUUGGAGGGGUAGGGGCAAUUCUGGGGAGGACUCCUGUGGGGUGGUCUUGCGCCAGGGUUCUAGUUGGAGGCUGGAUGGCUAUGGCUAUUACUUCUGGGCUCACCAUGUUGAUUGGCUCCAGUCAUUAAAUAUAUAUGUGAUUACUGCCUUUUGAAAUAUUCUUCCUCUCCAUUUAUCCUUUCUUUUUCCCUUGGCAGUAUGUGUAGUAUAUAUGUCAACUUCACCUGAAGAAUCCUUUGAAAUAAAGCAUUCUGCACCAUAAAAUUUCGUAUGAAGUGCUUUAGAGUGAUAAAACUCCU